UCUUUUCUUUUCUUUUCUUUUUUCUUCUGAUUUUUCUGCUCUGUGACAGAGUCACUUUCUAUCUGUUAUUUUCGUUUCUUUAUUUCUUUCUCUUUCCCACCAUUUUUAUGCUCUCAUUCUCGGUGUUCCCUCUUCUCGUACAAGAAGAGAUAUGGAGUACGGAGUUAUACUUCCCUCUCUUCUCUCCUUCUCUCUUCUUCUUCUCAUGGCUGCCGUCAGAGCUCAGAUGCCAGGUUUUGUGAGUUUAGACUGUGGAGGUAGAGCAAAUUUUACCGAUGACCUCGGUCUGAGGUGGACUCCUGAUGAUCAGCUUCUGUAUGGAGAAACAACUAACAUUUCUGUUGCAAAUGAGACAAGGAAGCAAUAUCAAACUCUGAGAUUCUUCCCUGCCGAUAACAGGAAGUACUGUUACACGCUCAAAGUCAUAAGCAGAACUCGGUACCUUGUAAGAGCAACCUUCUUGUACGGUAACUUUGACAACAACAAUGUUUAUCCAAAGUUUGACAUCUCUCUCGGGGCAACUCAUUGGGCUACCAUUGUUGUUUCGGAUGCUAGUACAAUAGAGUUCCAGGAGCUGAUAUUUCUGGCUUUAGAUUCGACCAUUAGUGUGUGUUUAUCCAAUGCUACAACAGGGCAGGCAUUUAUCUCUACCCUUGAACUCCGACAAUUCAAUGGUUCAGUUUACCUUACACAGUAUGAAAGUCAGUUCUAUCUCAGCACGUCUGCACGAAUAAAUUUUGGUGCAGAUAGUGAAGCUCCUAUCAGGUAUCCUGAUGAUCCCUUUGAUAGAAUAUGGGAAUCUGACUCUCUUAAGAAAGCAAAUUACCUUGUUGACGUUGCUUCGGGAACUGAGAAAAUAUCAACCCGAAUGCCAAUCAAUGUUAACACUGGUGAAAGACCGCCCCAAAAAGUAAUGCAAACAGCUAUGGUUGGUAGAAAUGGAUCAUUAACAUACCGCUUGAAUUUGGAUGGUUUUCCGGGUUUUGGUUGGGCAUUCACUUACUUUGCAGAAAUUGAAAGUUUGGGUCCAAAUGAGACUAGGAAAUUUAGGCUGGUGCUCCCGGGCAUGCCUGAUCUCAGCAAACCUGUUGUUAAUAUCCAAGAAAAUGCUCAAGGGAAAUAUCGCCUGUACGAGCCUGGAUAUUACAACAUAUCCCUCCCCUUUGUAUUAUCUUUUAGAUUCGGGAAAACAUCUGAUUCUUCCAUGGGGCCUCUCCUGAAUGCAAUGGAGAUUAAUAAGUAUAUUAAGAAAAGUGAUGGUUCUAUCGAUGAAUCGGUAAUUGCUAGUGUAAUUUCACUCUAUCCAUCAGCAGAUUGGGCGCAAGAAGGUGGUGACCCAUGCCUUCCAGUUCCAUGGUCCUGGGUGCAGUGUAACUCGGACCCUCAACCUAGGAUAGUUAAAAUUAUAUUGUCCGAGAAGAACUUGACAGGCAAUAUCCCUUCAGACUUGACAAAGUUGAUUGGCGUAGUUGAGCUGUGGCUUGAUGGGAAUUUACUGACUGGUCCAAUACCAGAUUUUAGUCGAUGCAUGGACUUGAAGAUUAUUCAUCUAGAGAACAAUCAAUUGACUGGUGAAUUGCCUUCCUUUCUAGUGGACCUACCAAAUUUGAGGGAACUGUAUGUGCAGAAUAAUAAGUUAUCUGGAACAGUGCCAUCACAUCUUGUGGAUAGGAAUCUUAUUUUGAACUACACUGGGAACAUUAAUCUUCAUAAAGGGAACAACAGAGGGAGCCACAUCAAAAUUAUUAUUGGAUCAUCAGUUGGGGCUGCUGUUAUGCUUGUAGCUACUAUUGCCUCCUGUCUAUUAAUGCACAAAGAAAAGAUGAAAUAUCUUAAACAAGACCAGCUUGAACAUACCAAGCAUACUCAAAGAUUAGUUUUGUCAUUGGGUGAUGGUGCCAAUGAAGCUGCACAUUGCUUUGCAUUAUCUGAACUUGAAGAUGCCACAAGGAAGUUCGAGAAAAAAGUUGGCUCAGGAGGCUUUGGAGUUGUAUACUAUGGAAAAUUGAAAGAUGGAAAUGAGAUUGCAGUCAAAGUUUUGACCAGUAAUUCCUACCAAGGGAAGCGGGAAUUUUCAAAUGAGGUGACUCUUCUUUCAAGGAUACAUCACAGGAACCUGGUACAGUUUCUCGGGUAUUGCCAAGAAGAAGGGAAAAGUAUCCUUGUUUAUGAAUUAAUGCAUAAUGGAACUCUCAAGGAACAUCUUUAUGGACCACGUACACAUGAGCAAAGCAUCAGUUGGAUCAAGCGCCUUGAGAUUGCUGAAGAUACUGCAAAAGGGAUUGAAUACCUUCAUACAGGCUGUGUUCCGUCAAUUAUCCACCGAGAUUUGAAAACCAGCAACAUUCUUCUUGACAAAAACAUGCGUGCAAAGGUUUCGGAUUUUGGUCUCUCAAAACUUGCAGUGGAGGGAGCUUCCCACGUGUCAAGCAUAGUUCGAGGCACUGUUGGGUAUCUGGAUCCUGAGUAUUAUAUAUCUCAACAGUUGACAGACAAGAGCGAUGUUUAUAGUUUUGGUGUCAUCCUUCUCGAGCUGAUAUCUGGUCAAGAAGCAAUAUCUAAUGAAAGCUUUGGUGUUAAUUGCCGCAACAUAGUUCAAUGGGCAAAACUACACAUUGAAAAUGGGGACAUUCAAGGAAUCAUCGAUCCCUCACUACACGAUGAAUAUGACAUCCAAUCAAUGUGGAAGAUAGCCGAGAAAGCUUUGAUGUGUGUCCAACCCCAUGGAAAUACUCGACCGUCAAUGUCAGAAGUUCUAAAAGAAAUCCAAGACGCAAUUUCAAUUGAAAAGGGCGCAGAUGUGGUGAGAGAAGGUAACUCGGACGAAAUAUCAAGAAAUUCAAUGCAUUCUUCCUUGGUUAUGGGGGGUUCCCUAGAUUUAGGUGAUCAUUGCUUGUCAAUUGAUGAGUCAAGUGCACAGCCAACUGCUCGAUAGUUACUUGUUCAUAAUGAGCUCAUAAUUUUCUCCUCUUUUUUGUUUUUUUUUUUGGCUUAUUCUUUUGCGGCUAGGAUUACUUGACUUCGACUGUGAAUCAUGAUGUAAUAAGUGAAUAGCAAAAUCUCUGAUGUUAUGAGGUUGUAAGUUGAGCUUGGUGGUUAAUUAGUUUUUUCUAUUCUUCUUGAUCAGAGAAAUGUAUAUUGUUACACUGCAGUUAAUGAAUGAUGCCCCACUAGUCCCAUUGAAUU